AAGCAAAUAAAUAGAAACAAAUCUUUCUGUAAAGAGGAAAAAUGGUGAGCGCAUUGAAUGGCUUUGGCUUGGCCAUCGGUUGCGUGGAUAUCACUGGAGCUGUGUUCUUUGAGUUGAUGAUUAUUUGCAUAUUAUGGCGAAGAAAUGGUAUCCAGACAGUAGUUAAAAGCCAAACACAACUACAGCAGCAGCAGCAGCAGCAGGAGCAGCUGGAGAAGGGAUAUGUGACAGGAUUCCUUGGCAACCGUGUAAGCCCUUGGAUGCUGUGGAUCUAUCUGCUCCUAUUGAAUAUGUGGAUUGUAGUUUCCUUGCUUAUGGUAACCGGAAUUAUAUUGCAUAUGCCACAGUUGUUGUUGGUCUGGCUUUCCUGGUGCCUUGGGGGACUAAUAUUCGAUGUGGUAUUUUUACUUUUGUGGAUCUUUGAACUGUUCUUUGGCGAUUCCAUUGAGGCCUUGACCAAUAUUCUGAUGUCAUUUUUAGCUAUGGGCAAGUUUCAGCUAAUGCCCCGUUUUCUGGCAUAUUCGUCAUAUUCUAAUCUCGUACGACUUUCUAGCUAUUGAAUUUGGUUUCCUAUAUGUUAUAUACAAUAUUUACCGGAAUUUAAGGCAAUCAUCGACUGAAAA